UGGGAUGAAUGGGUCACCGACAAACGGAUGUUCAAAUUUAAUGAGGAUGGUCUAAAGAAGCAGAAAGAACUGGAACAGCAGAUUCCGCCUCCAGAAGAGACCGAAAGUCCGAAAUCAAAAGGUAAACCGACUCCUGAAACUGAAGAAGUAAAACAGGAGGAGGUGCCCGAAGUCGCUUCGCAACCGAAGGAAUCGGAACCAACAAAAGCUCCAGCACCGACUGUCGAGGAAAAUAAUCCGACACCGACCAGUAUAUCUAGCUCAUCUCGGCGACGGAAGGGUCGACCAGGUGCUACAGAAAAUUCAGCGGAAAAGGAUGAUGGAGUCUUGUCCAAACCACAGCUCAAGGUUGAUCUACCUCCAAGUUUGAAGGCGUGGAUUGUGGAUGAUUGGGAUUUAAUUACACGGCAAGCAAGAUUGUACGAACUACCGGCCACCUAUCCAAUCUCAACACUGAUGUUGGAUUUUCUACAACACUCGGCCAAAGAAGUGAAACGAGAAGACUCGACCGAAUCGUCGGAGGCACCGCAACAGUCCGCUCCGAUCUGCCAGAUCACAACGGAUCUUCGACACGAAUUUGUCGCCGGAUUGCAGCAUUAUUUCAAUCUGAUCGUCGGAUCUCAAUUGCUAUACAAAUUCGAACGACUACAAUACGCGGAAUUGCUCAAACAACAUGCAGAUAAACGCAUGUCAGAUAUUUACGGCCCGAUGCACGUACUACGGUUGCUCGUUAAACUGCGCGAAAUGGUAGCAAGUACCAAGGUAGACGCGGCCAGUUUGCCUGUCUUGGAGGCUUUGGUUGCGGAAUUUCUUGAGUAA